GAGUUUCAUUCGUUUCCACCGGAAGAUUUUUGUGUCUGUAUAUUUAAACAAUAUUGUUAUAUGCUGAGAAGCAAUGGGUGUCACUAUACUUCAGCCGUAUCCAGUAGAAAAUAAAUCAGGAGCCCAAACAAUCGAGUUUCUUGUUAAACGCGUGUUAGCGUUGGGCGCCGUACAAGUGGGUCAUUUUUUGGUGGACUGUGAAACGUAUACUUCAAUACCUCCUACAAAAACUGUCCACAUCCUACACAACUCUGAACAGCCGGCAUCUGUAUUUUCUAUUCUGGACACGGGCACCAAGCAGAUCCCUUUGGUGACGGAUGGGCUGUUCGAUUUGCUGAUGACAAGAAUCUCGCCAGUGUACACUUCAAAAAAGCAAACCAAGAUAGAAUCGAAAGGACCCAGGUUCGAGUUCGGUGAUUUUCUCAUUAAACUUGGUAGCGUUACUAUGAGCCAGAAUUUCAAAGGUGUGCUGGUUGAGGUAGAAUAUCGGCCCUGCUUGAUUGCAGCUAGUUGCUGGGAGCUGAUGCGCGAAUUUUUACAAGGAUUCCUUGGUUCAAAUGUAUCCAGUUCCAUUCCGGCCUAUUUUGCACAGCGAAUCAAUAUGAACACAAACCUCACAAAGGCUAACGAUAUCUACCAACCCAUUGAUACCAUCAAUCAGUAUUUGGAACAUUUCACCAACUACCGAAAGCAAACAUCUGCGGUGGCACCUAGAUCAUAAGUAAUUUUGUGUUACUUAUUAUAUCAAUAUACCUAAAUA